AUGCAGAGUACGCGUAUUUCUUCAAGGCCACUGGGAUCGGGAAAACGAUCAUGGGUGGUACUGGCGAUUAUCACUACUGCUCCAGCAACUUGUUUGGAGGUCGAUCUGGUGCGCCUUUUCUCGUCACAUUGGUUUGGGAGACGCCAGAUGGGACGAUUACUUGACCCACAGCCCUGGAUGAUGCACACGGGAUGCGCCAAACUUUUACGCUCAGUGUUCCAUCUCGAAAAUGACGAGAGCGUUCAAGAAUUGACUGAUUUAUUCCAAAUCGAAGACGUUCUUGGACGCGCUAUAGGUGGUAGGAUCGACCACGGGAAGUUUCGAGGUGUACACUACGAAACCGUCGGCGAAAAAAUCGACUUGCGUCCAUUCUGGUCUCGGGGUAUUGACAUUGGCAAGAACCACGACGAAGUCGUCUUUGAUUUCCAGAAACACGCGGGUGCUGGGUUGUCACGGAAUCUGUGGAUCCCAGUGGACUGUCAUGUACACUGA